AUGGAUGUGGACGAGAAUAAAAGCAAAGAUAGUUCAAAUACCUCGAUACUGCGUAAUGUAUCAAUGAGGAGGCCUAGAAGAGGUACUUUAAGUGGUGGCGAUGCCUCGAAUACUAGUACAAAGCAAAAAAUUGCAACUGCUAUCAAUCACAUAGUACACAGACGUGCUUCGCUUUCGACUCAAAGACCUAAAGAUUUCCUGGCUGGGAUAAUUACUCCACGUAAUGAACAGAUAACUCAGGCGCGAAACACACCACCUACUAUUCGACGACAAGAACAAGAACGGUUACAGGACAUUAAUAGAACUACAAGUAUAUCACCUCGUCCUCCUAGUACACAUAGUUCGCAUCAUUUAUCUAUAUCACCUACUCAACCGUCUUUCCCAUUAUCUGCCACUGUUGAAGAAGGUUCUUUGGUUGAAACCAACAUUGACGCUUACAAUAAAAAUAUACCAAAAGAUGAUCGAAUGGAUAAAUUGCUAAAGAAAGCAAAAAACUUUCUAGAUCACAGACAACGACCGAAAUCAAGAAUUGCUUCUUUAUGGAGUUUUAUCGAUGUUUCAAUUGAAUUUGAUCAAGCCCAAUUCUUUCAACAGCAUGCUGAAGAGGUUUUCGAUGUAAUUCACAAAUCAUUUAUGAGCCAAGUUGAUAAAAUUAAACAAAAAUCAGAACGUCCUAUGUCAUUUUCAUCAAAAGAAUUUUUAAAUAUAAACAAGACUCUACUUUUAUUACGAAAAGUCUUUUUAUUUUUACCUGAACGAAUAAGGGGUGGAUGGCAACGCAGACAAAUAGCUGAAAUGUUAUCACACCUCCUCGAUCACGGGAAUCACCCUCGAGUUCGAAUACAGGGAUUUCAACUUUUAUUGUUAUGGAUUAAUGAUCAAACAAUAGAACUUACGGAAUGCAUGCAUUUAUAUGCAAAUGCAAUCUCUUUGGAUUUGUUCUUGUAUGAUCAAAUACGAACUGGGUGUGAUGAUUAUCAAGGAAAAGAAAAAAUGUGGAGGUCUAGAAGGACCAUAUCACUUGGACAAAUAUUAAUUAAAGCUGACGAUAGAGGUGCUUUGUUCCCAAAUCCUCAUCCACCAUCAUUUCAUGAUGCUGUUCAGUUGAUUCAGCUAGAUCUUAGCAGUCUAGUUAGGCUAGCUCAUGUUGCAGCAGGUUCAACUCCCCCAUCAGAGAAUUAUGAAUUUCCUGUCAAUGAAAAUAUUGAGCCAGAUAAUGGAAUCGCUAUUGGCAUGGGAAUUGAUGCUGCAUUUGCUGCGGCGAAAUUUCAUUUCGAACUGACAAAAAAACAAUAUUUAGUAAAAUUAUUUCCACAAUGUGCAAAGAAACUUUUGUUAAUACCGUCAAAUCAAGGCAAGAUAUAUUAUUAUUUAAAUGUUGAAUUAUUCAUAUAUAUUUAUUGA